GCUUUGAAGAAUUGUAAAAAUGGACAAAAAACUGUGUUAGCCAAUACCAUUCUCGAUCUAAAAGAAGAAGAAGGAAGGAAAGCUGUGGAAUUUCAAUUCACUUCUUCACGCUUCGCGACAAAGGCGACGAAGCAACAAGAGAAAGAGAGAGAGGGAGAAAGGUGGGGAUCUAACUCAAUUGACCCAUUUGCUUCUCCCACCUUCCUUGUUCGUCUUAAACCGCUUCUGCAUCCGCGAUCAGUUUUAAAGACCAGUCAUGUCUUUGAACAUGAAAUCUCUAACACAGGCUCUAGCCAAGACAGCCGCUGUUAUCGAGAAACAUGUGCAGACAACCGUACAGGAAGUUACUGGUCCGAGGGCUCUCCAAGACUACGAUCUACUCGAUCAGAUCGGUUCCGCUGGUCCAGGUCUUGCUUGGAAACUAUAUCAGGCUAAAGCAAGAAGUGGAUCGGCGAUUUCUCAGCAGUAUCCCACUGUCUGUGUUUGGGUUCUUGAUAAGAAAGCUCUAUCAGAAGCCCGCCUUCGUGCCGGACUAUCCAAGGCUUCAGAAGAUUCGUUCUUUGACAUAAUUCGAGCCGAUGCUGCCAGACUGGUUAGAUUAAGGCACCCUGGUGUUGUUCAUGUGGUGCAGGCAUUGGAUGAGAACAAGAAUGCAAUGGCGAUGGUGACUGAGCCGUUGUUUGCUUCUGCGGCCAAUACGCUUGGGAAUUUGGAUAACAUUGCUAAGGUUCCUAAGGAGCUUAAGGGGAUGGAAAUGGGUCUUUUGGAACUGAAGCAUGGCUUACUCCAGGUUAUAGAGUCCAUAGGUUUUCUCCAUGAUAAUGCAAAGCUUAUUCAUCGUUCAAUAUCUCCUGAGAGCAUCCUUAUUACCGCUAAUGGAGCUUGGAAGCUUGGUGGAUUUGGAUUUGCAAUUUCAGCAGAUAAAGCGGCUGAUUUAAAUAAUGCUCAAAUAUUCCACUAUGCAGAAUAUGAUGUUGAGGAUUCUGUUUUGCCGCUUCAACCUUCUCUAGAUUACACCGCUCCAGAGCUGGUUCGCAGUAAAACAUCCUCAGUUGGGUUCUCUUCUGAUAUUUUCAGUUUUGGGUGCCUGAUUUUCCACUUGAUUACUCACAAGCCAUUAUUCAACUGCCACAACAAUGUGAAAAUGUACAUGAAUAAUUUGACGUACUUAUCCAGUGGAGCUUUCUCAUCCAUUCCACCUGAAUUGGCUCCUGAUUUACAAAGAAUGCUAUCUGCAAAUGAAACCUUGCGGCCAUCUGCCUUAGAUUUCACAGGUUCUCCCUUCUUCCGAAAUGACACUAGGUUGCGUGCUCUUCGCUUCUUAGAUCACCUGUUGGAAAGGGACAACAUGCAGAAAACUGAGUUUCUUAGAGCAUUAUCAGAUAUGUGGAAAGAUUUUGAUUCCCGCGUGUUACGAUAUAAGGUUCUCCCCCCACUUUGUGCAGAGCUCCGCAAUAUGGUUAUGCAACCAAUGAUUCUGCCCAUGGUGUUGACAAUUGCAGAGUCUCAGGAUAAAAAUGACUUUGAGUUAUCAACACUACCAGCGCUAGUUCCAGUCUUAAGUACUGCUGCUGGUGAGACUCUUCUUUUACUUUUGAAGCAUGCAGACCUUAUUAUUAGUAAGGUUAAUCAGGAACACCUGAUAUCUCAUAUCCUGCCUUUGCUUGUUCGAGCAUAUGAUGAUAAUGAUGCUCGCAUGCAAGAGGAAGUCCUGAAAAGAACUGUUUCCCUUGCUAAGCAGCUUGAUGCCCAGUUAUUAAAACAAUCAAUCUUGCCACGAGUCCAUGGUCUGGCCCUCAAGACAACAGUUGCUGCGGUGAGAGUGAACGCCUUAUUAUGUCUAGGUGAGAUGGUCCACAUGCUUGAUAAGCAAGCUGUAUUGGAAAUCUUACAAACAAUCCAACGGUGCACAGCUGUCGAUCAUUCUGCGCCAACUCUUAUGUGUACCCUCGGGAUUGCAAACUCCGUUUUAAAGCAGUAUGGAACAGAGUUUGCUGCAGAGCAUGUCCUUCCAUUGCUUACACCACUUCUUAUUGCACAACAGCUGAAUGUUCAACAGUUUUCCAAAUAUAUGCAGUUCGUUAAAGAUGUUCUCAGGCAAAUUGAAGAAAAGCGAGGAGUAACAGUGUCAGACAUGGGAUUUCAAGAAGUAAGACAGUCUCCUGCAAUUCCCGUGGUCCAUAAGCUCGAUCAACACCAGAAACCUAUUCCGGCUGCUACUACUACUCUAAAAAGUAGUUCUUCCUGGGAUGAAGAUUGGAUUCCAACUAACAAGGGAGCAGCAGCAGCUACAUCUCUAAAGUCUUCAGCGUCCACUUCUUCUUUACCCGUUCAUCAACCUCCCUCCACUUCUUCUUUACCCGUUCAUCAACCUCCUUUGGAAAAUCAUCCUAUCCAAUUUCCAUUACCAAACUCAUCGACACAGACUGGUUCCAAACAGCAAACAGCACAGUCAUCAUGUCCCCCGGUUGAUCUAGAAUGGCCCCCUAGAUCCUCUUUUAGUACCACACCUCAACUGAGUGAUAAUAACAGCUUGCAAAUGGGAGCAUCUUCUUCUGGUUUUGAUGAUCUCGAUCCCUUCGCCAACUGGACCCCACAUAAUCUUAGCUCGAUAUCUCCUCCUGGUUCGACAAACAAUGGGAACACUUAUAAUGGGCUUAACAUACAAUCAAAUAGUAAUAGCAACAGCUGGACAGUUGAAAACCAGAGUUCGGUUGAUCCUUUUAGACAUAAUCAAGGGAACUCAACUCUGAAUGCAAAUAUCCCUAUGAGUGGAGGGGGUAACCAGAAAUCAAUUGGUUUUAUGAAACAAAGUCAGGGAAGUUCAGCUUUUGGUGGAAAGACAAAUGAUAUUGGCUCGAUAUUUUCUUCUGUCAAGACUGACCAAUCUGCUGCACCUAGACUAGCACCUCCUCCAGCAACUGCUAUAGGACGAGGGAGAGGAGCGGGAGCUUCUGGUGCAGGUUCGAUCAGACGGACAGUCCCUGCUGCCAAGUCUCCUCCCGAACAGCCUCCUCUAUUGGAUUUGCUGUGAGUUCGACUUAUUUUAAGUUGCUUUAGCGAUAUAAAUUCGGUUCCCUCCCAUCACCCCCACCACCACCACACGACAACAGUAGCUCCUAGUGUCGUAUUUUCGUGUUUGUUUUUGCUUGUAAAAUAGCCUGACAUAUGGGUCCAUAGUUUUUUUUUUUUUGUUUUUUGUUUUUAUCUAAAUUGUUUUCUUUGGCUGUUUAUUUGAUAUUUUUUUGCCUUCUGUUUAUUGAAGAAGAAAAGGUUUACUGAGUGAUUGUAUUCUUUGGAAGAGUUCUUCCCGCUUAUGGUAAUGAGUGCAAUAAGAUGGCAAUUCAAUAAGUAGUAUUCCAGUACAACAUAGAAUUUUAAGGA